AUGAAGUUCUCUGUUCUUUUCACAGCCCUCUUUGCAGCCCUCGUCACAGCUGAACAUGUGAAAGGCGGUGGCAAAGUGUCUGCACAUGGAAAGCGCCAGGAUCUUGAAACGUGCCCCACCACUGACGCCCGCGAUUGCUGUUCCGCUUGCUGGGGUGCUUCUCAGUACACUCAUAUUGACAUCCCGGAGUGCUGCGGCAAGUGUGGCUGCUAA